UAUUAUUUUAUUCGCGUAUACGUAGUCGAGUGGCUCUGAAGUGCAAGAUUGUUCUGCGGUGUGGAAAAACUUGGAAAAAUUGGAACGUUUUUCGCUGUUUUCCAGCGGCACUUUUUGAAAACUGGUUUGCGAUUAGUUUGUGUGUAACAGCAAACACCGUAAAGUUGGUGAAUUUUCCCGUUGAAAUUUGAAGGAAAGCCAAUCCAAACAGGGAGGAAGUUCGAAACGCAGAAAGCAGAAAUUUCUUGGCUUUUUUGCGGUGGCGGACGCUCUCUUUGUCGCCUGUAGUGUUGGUAAAUGUGGAAAGGUUUUGCCUUUCGAUAAUUAUUGUUGGUUAUUUUCCGGUGGAAAGUACGUGAAAAAGUGCGAAAAAGUACCGAUUCCAAGCAGGGUAAGGCCUUUGUGGCUUCCAUUUGCGACGAGAACGGACUCGAUUACGAGCGAGAGUGGAAUCCGCGGACAGGAAGUGAGAACAGGGAAAUUUUUCGUUCCUCGUCUUGUCAUCAUCAUCAUCAGUGGCAGCAGCAGCACCAGUGUCAGGGGGAGUGCGGAUGAAAGCUGAGAAGAAAAAUAGCAAAAAGAGUGUUACGUAGAAAAAGUUGUCCAUACCGUCGAGAGGCAGUCUGAAUCCAAAAGCAAAAAAUCGGUUCGAUAAAGUGCUCUGUUUGAACGUACGAGUAAAUCGGGAGAAGAAAUUUUAAGCGAUUUGCUUCUUGGAUUUUGUGUCUCGUUUGUGUGGUGUUUACAAACUGUGUAGAAACUAAAAAAAACCUUCAAAGGAUUUGUCGAUUUUGAUUGGGACAGAAACUUUGUUCUUAUUGUUGACACCCAGUAACCGGAAGAAAAUUGAAUCCACCAAUGUCAACCGUGUCAGAUCAGCGGAUGAAAGGACAAGGAAAUCACGGUUAUGGUUAUGGCUCGCAGCAGACGACAUCGGGUGCACAGUUCCAAUAUCCUCCGUUCAGUGGCGUAGGCGAGACGACUGCUUGGUCCAAUGGGAAUGAAAGUAUAGCUAUAAUCGGUGGAAAUGAUUACAAUAACUCAUGGGGAUCACAACAAAUGAACCACGGUCAUGCUGGUGCUGGUGCCGGAGGACAUUCGCAGAGAAAGCCGUACGAUGAUUACUACCACCGGAAUCAAGGAGUCUACCAGGGUCACGAUGGAAUUAAGAAUGUUGAACAAGGAAUGCAAGGACUUGGCCUCGGGUCGAUGCACCACGACAGAGAUGCAAACCAUCACCACGGCAAUUCACUAUCCAAAUCUGAUCAACAUCACCAGCAGCAAAAGGAAGCUCCCAAAAAGAUGACUUGGGCCUCGAUUGCAUCGCAACCGCCUAAACCGCAAGUGAACACCACUAGUACUACGGUGAAGAAGAAGGGCCCCGGAAUGCCCCCACCACCGAUGGUUCCUGGUAAACACAACAUGGAUAUAGGCACAUGGGAUUCGCCAUCUAAGAAUGGUGCGGGAACAAUGGUACCGACACCGACGCCCCCGGCGAUUGUACCACCCCCGGUAAUGGAACCGUCUCCAUUGGCUGAGCAACCAGCUGUGAAGGGAACCAAUAAUGCGGCUGCUAUGAUGGGAGGAGGCCACGCAGGAGCUAGCGGAGGUCACCAUCAGCAUCACCAACAGCAAGUUCAGUACGGUCAUCAGCAAAAUAUGGCGCCACCUGCGGGUGCGCAUAAUUCCCGUUGGCCUACACCCGGUCAAGCCCAAAAUCCUCUACCCCAGCAGCCGACGCCACAACAGGCGAAUCAAGCAGUUGGAGGCAGUGGAGGCAUAAUGUCGCAACAGCAACAGCAUCCCCAGCGAUCAGAUCAUCGUCAAUAUCAAUCGGUUGGUGGGCCACAUCAAAACAAUAGUCGAAACUUCUCUGGACCGCCACCAUCCAUAAACCAGGGAGCAGGCGGUGGACAGGGAUACCAUCAGCCGCCUCCGUUCCAUCAUCAACCGCCUUCAAUGCAACAUCAGUCGCAUACUCGACAGAAUCAAAAUCAUCACGGACCUCCUCCAUCGGUUCACCAUCACCAACAGCAACAACCACAACAGCAGCCACACGCUGAACGAGGAAAUUAUCAGCAACCUCCUCCCCAGCAUCAGCGUCAUCCUCAGGACGAUCGAAGGGGAUUAGUGAACAAUGGGCCCAAUAAUUACCACGAUAGUUCAACGUCUCAACAACAACAACAGCAGCAGCAGCCGCCGUCUGCACUGCAGCAAUCGCAACCAACGGCCCAACAAACGCAAUCCCAGCAGCAGCCGCCGCAACAACAACAAUCCCAACUCCAGCAACCACCCCCGGUUGCAUCACCGCACUCUCCUACACCACCGAGCGGUGCAGUGGAUGCUAGUGGUGCCGCAGCUGCUCCGGCCCCGAUACCGAAUCCACUGCAGAACAAAAACAACUAUAAUCCGCCCACACUUGAUAUGCUGGAAACUGCGCACCUAGCUAGAUUCUUUGUAAUCAAAUCCUACUCGGAGGAUGAUAUCCACCGCAGCAUCAAGUACGAAAUCUGGUGUUCCACCGAGCACGGCAAUCAGCGGCUGGAUCAGGCGUACCGCGAGCGUGAAGAGAAAGGUGGCAUGGUGUAUCUGUUCUUCUCGGUUAACGGUUCCGGACACUUCUGUGGAAUUGCGCAAAUGAUGACGGCAGUUGAUUACAAUUCCAACUCGAGCGUCUGGUCACAGGACAAGUGGAAGGGUACCUUCAAGGUGCGCUGGAUCUACGUGAAGGACGUCCCGAACGGACAGCUGCGACACGUCCGGCUGGAGAACAACGAGAACAAACCCAUCACGAACUCUCGCGACACACAGGAGGUGCCGAAUGCGAAGGGCCUGCAAGCGUUGAAGAUUAUUCACAGCUAUAAACACACAAUGUCGAUAUUCGACGAUUUUAUCCACUACGAGAAACGGCAGCUAGAGGAAGACACCAAGAAGCACGAUGUGCCUCCACAGGGACCGCAACAGUAUCGAUCACAGCAGUACGGUGGCAGUUACGAUAGUGGUCCUGGCAAGUAUAACAAUUUCAACAAGUAUAACGAUCGUGAUGGCAACGGCGAUGGGUACAAUUCUCGCGGCGGAUACGACAGUCGUGGCUAUCAAGGAGGGUACAACAAAGGUUAUGGUGGUUACAAUAACCGUGGGCCGUACAACCAAGAGGGUGGAAGAGGAGGCUAUCAGAGUUACGAUAGACGUAACAACAAUAGCAAUAACAGUGGAAAUGGUAGCAAUAGCGGCGACGAUCGGGAGGGAAGUAAUUAUCCGGAUCGUUCGCGGGACGAAGGCGGCAGCGGCUAUCACCAGCGCAGCGGUGGUUAUGGUCGCCCGAAUCGGGACUACUAUGGACGGGAUGAAGGGAACCGUGGCCGUAGCGAUUACCGUGAUGGUGGCAACGAUGGCUACAGAUCGUCACGCUCGGGAGGCGGUGGCGGCUCGGAUGCCGAAGGUGACAACAACGGGGGUUAUCGAGGCGGUUCGAGAGACCACUACCGGCCCCGUAAUGACCUCGGCAGUCGCGGAUCGCGAGCGGCCGCUCCUCCGAAUGCCCGCCCAGCUGCCAGCGGCAAUCCAUCGGGCGCCGCAGCAGCAGUACCUUCCGUGGCGGGAACCUAUCGCAACAGUAACAGCAGUGGCGGCGGCGGUGGUGCCGGUGUCAGCGAAGGCGACGGUCAGCAAAAUUGAAGAGUUCCUGUGCGUGGCAUAACAAUGAAUGUCUUUUUAAUCGUUUGAUCAAAUUCUAGCACUAAAUUUACCGCUACACACAGACACCGCGCCGAAUGGGGUUAUAACAAGACAGCAGAAAUACAAAUUAUGCGUACAAGGUAGAUCACCGAGAAAAAACAGAAAGAUGACACUCGAAGUUUGAUUGCGGGAGGGAAAUCGAUGGCAAGAUUAAUAUAUCCAUUCAUAAAAUAUUUAAUAAACGUUAAGAAAGGAAUGAUCUUAAAAAAACACUAAAGUUGGGCCGCUAUGGUCGAAUCCAACGGAAAGAAAAAAAAAGAUUAUGACUUGUUAAAAUAUAAUAGAACAGAUCGUAUAUAUCUAAGCAAAAAGUAAUCAAACAAAUUACUAAACUCGACGUUCUUACGAUUUAUUUUUAUCACAGCUAAAUAUUAUGAAAGUGUUAACAAACAAUAUUCCUAAAACGCUUUGAUUUUUGCUACACCUUCCGAAGAGAUAAAUAUUAGAAAGGAAUCAAUUGACAAAAGUGCUGCCGUUAGUUAAAAAAUAUGAUCAUGCAAGAAACUUAAUACAAGAACUAUGCACAGUUUUAAAAUUUUUCGAUCAAAAAAAAUAUACGAAGAGGAGAUGAUGUUUUUGGUAGGGUGGGAAACAGUAGAACCCUGUUCACCCCCUGCCGGCAUGUGUGUGAGCUGCUGCAGUAUGGAUGAUGGCGGGAGAAUCGAGGACCGGAUAAAAAAAGGAAACAAACUCGCUCGCUUGUCCCCUGCUGGACGGUGGUGACCGGUGACGAGCUGAAAGAGUCAUCGCCUCCAGCGCGCGUGCGAGCCAACUAAAGUGAGUGUGUGCUUUCGAAGUGAAUUUUUGAUACUCUCAAAGACUGCUGCUACUGGACACCGAACAAUUGAACAAAAUAGAAGCAACAAGUGCUGCAUCAUAUGUGUGUAUAUUUUCGAAGAUAUGAAUAUCAAAGAACCAAAAAAUAGCCACUGUAACGUCGACUGAAAAAGUACUACCCUUUUUUUUAAGAAAGACACGAACAAAUUGCCAAGUAUUAAGUAGUUCAACCAAGUACAGUUUUAAAAGUCCAAGUAUUGUUUCCUGUUGAUUUUUGUAUUUUAGUGUUGUUUAAUUAGCAAAAGCGAGCAAAAUGGGAAGUAUUUUCCGCCACACAUCGUUCAACGAGACUCAUCAUCAUUGCUGAUCUCGAGCCAUGCAGCCGACCGUAAUUUUAAAGACCAUAUCGAAUGGUUUACUUUUCACCGAAACUUACAGCGAAAACCGUUUCCCUGUCCGUCGCGUAACCAAGUGUGUAACACAGAACAUAAUGGACCUUUUCAAUCAUUGUUAAAAAAUGCAUACACGAACACUUUUAUAAGUGGAAACCUAUUUGUGAUACAACACAUCGUCGUUGGUACUAAUGUGCAAAAAAGUGUGAGAAAUCCGUCGAAAGUGCGCGCAACCGAAAUCGAACAUUCAAAGUGCAACAACUGAAGAACAUUACUCCCCACGGUGCAAUAAAAUGCCCCAUCAUCCGCGGAUCUGCCGAAACUAACAGCCGAAUCACAAGUCAAUCUGCAAAGUAGAGUUUGAUGGCUUAAUGAAAUGAGACGGUGUUUGUUGAUUUUUUAAUCUUUGCAGUAUCGAAAGAACUAGAGAAAAAUGUGCUGACUUUACUCAAGCUAGUUCACUAAUAAGCGAAAUACACAUAAAAAAAACUUAAAACUAGAUGGACAUUUAGCGAAAAAUCACUGUUUACAUUCAUCGGAUCAAAUGUGUUUUACGAAUAGAAACUGCUAGGGAAAAAAGUUUAACAGCCAAUAGAAUAGAAAUAUCCUUUUAUUUUUGUGAGCUACAAAAGAUAAGCUUUACUUAGUAUUGAAGGGAAAAUAAAAGAUGAAUAUAGAAUAAUGAUCGAAAUUAUAAGUUCAAAACAAAACUAAGGGUCUGCUUUCAAGUGGAUUACUUUUCUAAAUGUUGAUCAUUAACCAGUAAUGUGAACCCAAACAAAACUCUUACUUUAAAUUUACUUUUUAUCGCGAAUUCACAGCCAUCCGGAAUAUAACCCUUUGUUCAUCGUCACACUAGCAAACCUUUCAUUCAAAUCGUAAAUCUCUUUUUUACUACCGAAUAUAAUUAAAAAAAAAGUAACAUUUAACCUUAUUUAUGGAUAACUCCAGCGCGAUGACGGCAAACUAUCGUGUGCUAGCAGUUAAUCAAUUGACACAAGCAAAAUGGAAGUCUGUCUAACAGGGGAAGAAACAUUGGGAAUGAUUUAAGCAAACUAAGUAACAUUUAAGAAAUGGAAACAAAAAAAAAAAGAAGAUAAAAGCAAACGUAUAUUCAGCAACAAAACACAAGAUACAAAAAUUCUAAUCGAAUUGAAAAAUGAAUCAUACUGAGAAAAAAGAAAAAAAAAACACCUAAACAAUACAAAUGAUAUAGGAGGAUUUAGUGAAUGAAAUCAAUUAAUUUAUAAAAGGUAUAAUUGCAUAAGAAACUGAUUAAACUACGAAUUGAGAAUUGAAGGAAAGAUUAAAAAUGAAAAACUUGAUUAUGAUGAUGAUGAUGAUGAUGAUGGAGACUAGUGAAGGUAAAGCUAUAAAAUCUGAACGUGAAAAUGAUACAAGAACGAGGGCAAUGGUCGGAGACAAAAAUACACAACACAAUUAUUAUUGUAACACUUCUGAAGCGAUCCAGAAAGGCAAAGCAGAAAAACAUAAGAGACAGAGAAGCCAAUCACAAACAAAUGAUGAACAUUGAGAAAUGUACAUAGAAGUAAGAGAUACAAAUUAAAAUGCAAAAUCCAAUGAAAAAAAAGUAAUAAAAGGCAUAUUGAUAAUAA